CCGUUCCUUCACACCGUGGAAUCCAGUGGCAGCUACCGCGUGAGGAACUUCACUUUUAGACCCGUCGGGAAUCGCAAAAAUACAGUAAUGGCUACAGACUCGUGGGCUCUGGCUGUGGACGAACAAGAAGCCGCUGCCGAAUCACUCGGUAGUUUGCAGAUCAAAGAAAAUGAAGAGAAGGUCAAAACUGAAGCAAAUGUUCUUUUGCUAGGGACAGCAAAGACAGAAGUUGAUGGGGAGAAGGUGGAUGAUGAGGAAAAAGAGGACAGAGCAGCACAGUCACUCCUGAACAAGUUGAUUCGGAGUAAUCUAGUGAACACAACCAAUCAAGUUGAAGUCCUUCAGAGGGAUCCAAACUCACCGCUCUACUCUGUCAAGUCUUUUGAAGAGCUACGACUGAAGCCCCAGUUGCUCCAGGGCGUGUAUGCUAUGGGCUUCAAUAGGCCUUCCAAAAUCCAGGAGAAUGCUUUGCCUAUGAUGCUUGCUGAACCUCCCCAGAACCUGAUUGCUCAGUCACAGUCUGGCACUGGCAAGACAGCAGCCUUUGUGCUGGCCAUGCUCAGCCGUGUGGACCCAGCUAACAAGUGGCCCCAGUGUCUCUGUGUCUCCCCUACUUACGAGCUAGCCUUACAGACUGGAAAAGUCAUUGAACAAAUGGGGAAAUUUUAUCCUGAAGUUAAACUGGAAUAUGCCAUCCGAGGCAAUAAAUUGGAGCGAGGGAUGAAGAUCCAAGAACAGAUUGUCAUUGGCACUCCUGGCACAGUGUUGGACUGGUGCCUCAAGCUUAAGUUCAUUGAUCCCAAAAAGAUCAAGGUGUUUGUGCUGGAUGAGGCUGAUGUCAUGAUUGCCACACAAGGCCACCAGGAUCAGAGUAUACGCAUCCAGAGAAUGUUGCCCAAGGACUGUCAGAUGUUGCUGUUCUCGGCCACCUUCGAGGACUCUGUGUGGAAAUUUGCACAGCGGAUCGUGCCUGACCCCAAUGUUAUCAAACUGAAACGGGAGGAGGAGACACUGGACACUAUCAAGCAGUACUAUGUGCUUUGCAACAAUAAGGAGGAGAAGUUCCUGGCACUCUGCAACAUCUAUGGGGCUAUAACCAUUGCACAGGCCAUGAUCUUUUGCCAUACUCGGAAGACCGCAGGCUGGCUCGCUGGAGAGCUCUCCAGCGAAGGCCAUCAGGUGGCGCUGCUCAGUGGGGAAAUGAUGGUGGAGCAGAGAGCUGCAGUUAUUGAACGCUUCCGGGAGGGCAAGGAAAAAGUGCUGGUCACCACAAAUGUGUGUGCCAGGGGAAUUGACGUGGAGCAGGUUUCUGUCGUGAUUAACUUUGACCUCCCAGUGGACAAGGAUGGCAACCCUGACAAUGAAACAUACUUGCACCGGAUUGGUCGCACUGGGCGUUUUGGCAAGAGAGGGUUGGCUAUCAACAUGGUGGACAGCAAACAGAGCAUGAACAUCCUCAAUCGGAUCCAAGAGCACUUCAACAAGAAAAUAGAGAGACUUGACACGGAUGACCUGGAUGAAAUUGAGAAAAUUGCAAACUGAAGAACUGAUGCCCCCCGAUGCUGUUGUCCCCAUUGCUGGGAUCCAUUUCUGUAGAUGUUGGAAUAAGUUACCUCAUAAAAUUUUUUGCAGUUGGACUUGAGUAACUGUAGGGAUUUAUUUUGGAAAUUAAACACACAAAAACUACUACAGACAGAAGUAAUGUUUACAAACUGAUUAUAUGAUUAGGUCUUAGCCUAGCCUUAAAAUAAGUGUUUUAAACUUCAGGUCCAUAUCUAUAUGCCAAAUAGAUUCAAUUUGUAUGAAUGAGACACUGUGGGGUUUGGUUAGGUUUUUUGUUUUUACUUAUUUUCCUUGUUUUUAACUGGAUGACUUAUAGCUGCUCUUGUAUCCCAAGUUUUAGUCUCCUGAUCGCACGGGCUGCUUUGUGAACUGUUAAGAAUUUAAUUGAAACGGCUACAGCCUCUCCCCUACUUACGACCUAUGUGACUUAUGACCAUCCGUACAUAUGCCCGAAAAAAUACUGUAUAAAUUUGAAAAAAUAAAGAAAAAAUAUAUGUAAAUAUAAAAGGUACGCUUGGUCGCACGUCCGCCAGUGCUAACGGCUGUGUGCGUAUGAUAGUAACCGUCAGACGACAUCCUGGAAUUGUGUACAACAGAGCAUCUCUCUCAGUUCUUGGUCUCAGCUGCCAUUUGGUAAGAUCAUGUUAUUAAAGUAAAUCUAAUUAAUUUGUGCUAGAUUAAACCAUUUUGUCAAAAUGAAGAGUGAACACGAGGGAGAUUGGACCCAAGUGCAGAUGAGUUGUUUUUUUUUUUUUUUUUUUGAAGUUGGAAGGGCAAAGCUGGAAUUCGUAGUCUGGGACGGAUGAAGGGUCAGGUGAUCGGCAGUCACAGUGCGAGCGAGGUUCCGAGGCACGGAGUCGAGGGAAAGGUUGCAAGGGCAAAGGGAAGCUGGACAUAGAAUGCGAUGAGUGCAGGCACAAAGGGGACGGUUGUCUCAAAUGAGAUUCCACAGAGAAACGGUGGUGGACUGACUCCGUGUAUACCUGGUCUGGCCGAUCCGGAGCCUGGGGCGUGGUGCUGGGCAUGACAGUAUUGUAUUAAACCCCAAAGAUGACGAGCAAGAGGAAAAACCCAUCCCCUGCUGAUAGAUCUGGCAAGAAGCCAAUGAAGACACUUGAUUUGGAAUUGAAAAUGAAGGUAAUCAACUACUAUGAAGGAAGGACAAAAGUUAAUGUGAUUGCAUGUGCUCUACAGUUGUCCCAUUUGAUGGUCUCCGCAAUGUUAAAGGGCAAAGAAAAUAUACAGGAAGCAGUGAAAGGUUCAGCAAGUAUGAAGUUCAUGAUGAUGAUAAAGCAACAAGGGAAUGUUGUACAGGUAUACGACUUCUACGUGGCAUGCUAACAUGCAUCUGACUUGCGUUUAUUUUGAGAUCCGACGGGUUGGUCAGAACAGAACUUGGACGUAUGUCAGGGGAUGGCUGUAUAACAUCUGGAACCGAAAUGUGGGGGAAACUGCUUUUCAUUUGACCUUUGUGCUAAUUACAGGAGCAAAUAAAAUUGUUUUAAAGUAAGCAAGGAAAGUAUGUGAACAAAAGCUUAGCAAACAAAUAAUAAAAUGUGCUAUAUAGGAAGACUUGUUUUACAAAUGGUCUACCUGUAUUUCUACAAGUUUUCGGAGAACACAGGUCCAAGAUCCUAAUCUCGUUUUGGUAUUAAAAAAAGGGGACUUUAAUCUUGGCUGCCUUGCAGGUUUUCCACAAAAAAAUGUGGUGUGACCAUAUGUUUGGAUAUACUAAUGUGAAUAUUGAAGUCUGAUCAGGCCUGAAUUUGAAUUUGUGGCUGCUGGGCAAACCUGUGAAACUCUGAAUGAACUGUUUGACUAACCAGUUUAUAACUCUCCUGUCAAUGUAAUUUGUGGUUAGAUUAGUGAUUAGCUGCCUCAGCUAAGCAGUCAAGUUUAAUUUGCACAUCAUAGUAGUAGUAAACCAUAUAGAAACUAUGCACUUCUGAAAAACAGAAAUCUGGACAUAGUAUGGCCGUAUUUUUCAUGGCACCAGGUAUAAAGAAACAUUCCUUUAACGAGAUCACGUAAAAAUUUAAUCAUUUAGUGACAUUGGUACUGAAUCCUCUUUACUGAAAUGGUCUGGGGCCAUUUCUUCACUCUCACUAAAAUAGCCCGAAACGGAUAGUUUCAGUUGUUCAGCCAAUGCGUG